AGCUUUCAAUAUCAAUCAAUCAAACAAACCACCUUCAUCUGUGUGAGCGCUUCAUCGUUAAAGCAUACUACUUGCCAUCGCCAUCCAUCUUCUUCCGUAUACAUCCGAAGUUGAUUUCCAGAAAGUGUGAGGCCACGACUUUAACUUAUCACUUCCCGCCCUUUUCAAAUAAUUAGUGAGAGUGAGUGUUAAAACUGUUUUGUUUGGUUUAAAUUUUUUGAAUCCAACGAAUAAUCCUAUAAGCCAACUGGUCUCGUUAAGUGAUACAGUUGUUGUUGCAGAUUCAAACAUUUUUUGAAGAUUUGUUUUUGUUUUGCUUUUCAUUUUUGUCUUUUCAGUGAGGUUGAAAUAAAUCAAGACUUAUUCACUGUUCUAUAAACAGUUAUUUUUUUUAUUAAAUUAUCGCAUUAUAUCAUAAUUAAACCAUGUCUGAUCAUCAAGAGGCUGAUAUUGAUUCCAUUGUGGAUAGAUUAUUAGAAGUUAGAGGUUCUCGUCCUGGUAGACAAGUUACUUUAUCCGAACACGAAAUUCGUUAUCUUUGUACUAAAGCAAGAGAAAUUUUCAUUCAACAACCAAUAUUAUUAGAGUUGGAAGCACCAAUUAAGAUUUGUGGUGAUAUUCAUGGUCAAUAUUAUGAUUUAUUACGACUCUUUGAAUAUGGUGGUUUCCCUCCUGAAGCAAAUUACUUAUUUUUAGGUGAUUAUGUCGAUAGAGGUAAACAAUCUUUAGAAACCAUUUGUUUACUUUUGGCUUAUAAAAUUAAAUAUCCAGAAAAUUUUUUCAUUUUAAGAGGUAAUCAUGAAUGUGCUUCAAUUAAUAGAAUUUAUGGGUUUUAUGAUGAAUGUAAAAGAAGAUAUAAUAUAAAAUUAUGGAAAACUUUUACUGAUUGUUUUAAUUGCUUACCAAUUGCUGCCAUCAUUGAUGAAAAAAUCUUUACUAUGCAUGGUGGUUUAUCACCAGAUUUAAAUUCAAUGGAACAAAUCAGAAGAGUUAUGAGACCAACUGAUAUUCCUGAUGUUGGUUUAUUAUGUGAUUUAUUAUGGAGUGAUCCUGAUAAAGAUAUUACUGGUUGGUCAGAAAAUGAUCGGGGGGUUUCUUUCACUUUUGGUCCGGACGUGGUUAGUCGUUUCUUACAAAAACAUGAUAUGGAUUUAAUUUGUAGAGCCCAUCAAGUUGUUGAAGAUGGUUACGAAUUUUUUUCAAAACGUCAAUUGGUUACUUUAUUUAGUGCUCCAAAUUAUUGUGGAGAAUUCGAUAACGCUGGUGCUAUGAUGAGUGUUGAUGAAAGUUUAUUAUGUUCUUUCCAAAUUUUAAAACCAGCUGAAAAAGAAUCAAAAUUUUCAAGACCAAAUCAUUUAUCAAAUAAUAGACCCGUGACUCCUCCAAGAAAACAAAAAAGAGGUGUUCAAGAUUUAUUACACCCAAACGCUGCUUCCGAAGCUAAAAAUCACAAAUUGAAGACUUUAGUUCAACAACCAAGAUCAUACUUCAUGGAUGUUAAAUGUCAAGGUUGUUUAACCAUCACCACUGUUUUCUCUCAUGCUCAAACUGCUGUUACUUGUGACAACUGUUCAACUGUUUUAUGUACUCCAACUGGUGGUAAAGCUAAAUUAACUGAAGGUUGUUCUUUCAGAAAGAAGUAA